UUUCCAGGUCCACGACUCCUCGCGCAGCCUCACUGCUUAAAGCAAUCUUUAUCGUUUAUCGUUAGGCCGAGAGACAGGAGUGUGAUUCCCGCUGUGUGGCUCCGUGACACCAGCACACACCAUGCUGCUGCAGCCGAGCAGAGGAGCUUCGUCAGGGGGCGUUUAAGUCGCUACAGGCGGGAAACGGCGGUGAGAGAUGCGGGCGCUGCGUUCAAAGGAACCCCGCUGUUGUGUUCGUCUUCACUGUCAACAACACUGUCAACAUCAGACCUGCUGCAGCUACGCUCUCGGCUACUAUCAGUUCAUUUAACGGCGCUGCACCGAGGAAAUCCCCGGGACUAUGAGAGCAUCAUGCUCGCGGUGAGCUGCCUGCUGUUCGCUGCAGCGUGCGCACGGUGCGCCGUGACAGGUCUGGGGGGAAGACUGCCGCCUGCAGAAGAGGUUGUUCAGCCAAAGCGGCUCCUGCUUCAGAUCCACUCCCAGGAGGAGCUGCUCCACAGCCGCCUGGACACCCGGGUCAAGAACUCCACAGCCGGAGCGCAGCCUGUCCAUUUGGCUCAGAGCAGCUUCUUGGUGGAGGCGUUCGGCAAAUCAUUCAUCCUUGACCUGGAACUCAACCACAACCUGCUGUCUACAGACUAUGUGGAGCGUCACUAUGGCGAGGAUGGAAAACUGUCUCAAGUUAUGGGAGGAGAGCACUGCUACUACCAUGGGCGUGUGCGGGGGCUGCCGGGCUCCUGGGCUGCACUGUCCACCUGCCACGGUCUGCGGGGAAUGUUUUCUGACGGGAAGUUCUCGUACGGGAUUGAACCUGUUGGCAGUGGAGAGGAGCAGAGUGAACACAUUGUGUAUCGGAUGCCGGAUAUUGACCUCUUCCCACCUCCCUGUCCAGGAUGCUCUUUGAACAGCACUAAGCCCGAGGGGCAAACAGAUGACCACAAAGAGCGAGACGAGGAGCUGCAGGAUGGAGACGACCUGUCUGAAGAGGAGAAGUCUGUCUUUACAGGCAGCCUGCGACGUUUAAAAAGACAAGUGCGGAGAGGCCAGCGCACCGUCCAGACUGAGACAAAGUACAUCGAGCUGAUGGUGGUGAACGACCAUGAGCUGUUUGUGCAUCUUCGACGGUCAACCACUCAGACUAAGAACUUUGCCAAAGCGGUGGUGAACAUGGCCGACGCGAUCUACAAGGACCAGCUCAACACUCGCAUCGUUCUGGUGGCCAUGGAAACCUGGUCUGCCGAAAACAGGGUCUCCGUGGGCGACGAUGCCUUGCUCACCCUGCGAGACUUCAUGAAGUACAGGAAGGAGAGCAUCAAGGAGCGCUGCGAUGCCGUGCAUCUCUUCUCUGGGAGGACGUUCAUGAGCGCCCGCAGUGAGGCGGCCUACAUCGGGGGAAUCUGCUCUUUAACUCGAGGUGGAGGCAUUAAUGAGCUUGGCGGUGUGGGACCCAUGGCCAUCACAUUGAGUCAGAGUCUGGGCCAGAACAUCGGAAUGCUGAGAAACAAAGAGCGACUCGCUGCAGGAGACUGCCGGUGUCCAGACCCAUGGCUUGGCUGCAUUAUGGAGGACACAGGCUACUACCUGCCCAGGAAGUUCUCUCGCUGCAGUAUAGACGAGUACCUGCGUUUCCUCCAGCAGGGAGGAGGCAGCUGUCUCUUCAACAAGCCCAACAAGUUGUUUGACCCACCAGAGUGUGGGAAUGGAUAUGUGGAGAUGGGAGAGGAGUGUGACUGUGGAUCACUAGUGGAGUGUACAAAGAGUGGCGCCAACUGCUGUAAGAAGUGCACGCUUACCCACAAUGCCAUGUGCAGUAAUGGGCUCUGCUGCAGGGACUGCAAGUACGAGCUGAGAGGGGUGACGUGCCGUGACGCUGUAAACGACUGUGACAUCCCUGAGACCUGCAUGGGAGACACCAGCCAGUGUCCUCAUAACGUCCACAAACUUGAUGGCUAUAUGUGUGAUGCUGGACAGGGUCGUUGCUAUGGAGGUCGCUGUAAGACCAGAGAUGGACAGUGCCGGAACCUGUGGGGCUACAACUCAGCUGACAGGUUCUGCUAUGAAAAGCUGAACUCUGAGGGCACAGAGAAAGGGAACUGUGGGCCGGACUCCAGCGGUCAGGGAUGGGUGCAGUGCAACAAGCAAGACGUCCUGUGUGGUUUGCUGCUGUGCACCAAUCUGACAGACAGGCCGAGGUUUGGUGAACUGCAGGGGAGGCUCACCAGUCUGACCAUCCACCAUCAGAACAGAUACAUGGACUGCAGGGGCGGCCAUGCGGUGCUGGAUGACGGCCUGGAUAUGGGUUACGUGGAGGACGGGACGCCAUGCGGGCCUAACAUGAUGUGUUUGGAGCGCCGCUGCCUCCCCGUCACCACCUUCAACCUCAGCACCUGCCCGGGCUCUGCUAUCUCACGCAUCUGCUCCCACCACGGGACUUGCAGCAACGAGGUGAGGUGUAUCUGUGAUGCCGACUACACAGGGAAGGACUGCAGUGUGUUCGACCCGAUUCCCAUCCCCACCCCACCUGAGGGCCCCGAGAAAUACAAAGGUCCCAGUGGUACCAAUAUCAUAAUAGGUUCGGUCGCAGGUGCGAUUCUGGUGGCAGCGAUAGUCCUGGGGGGAACUGGCUGGGGAUUUAAAAACAUCCGAAGAGGAAGAAAAUCAUGAGCCAUGUCUCUUUGCUGUCCUGUCUUCCUUCCGGUCCAUCAUUGGGAGACAAAACAAAGAUGUCUUCCACUUACGAGCCCUCAGACCUCUUCUGUUUCCUUUUCUGAUUUCAUUACCGCAGUCUCUGUUGACUUCCUGAAAAGUUUCAUUAUUAUUAUUAUUAUUUUAGCUGAGCCCUGAGGACACAUUCCCACCAGAUCUUAAAGACUGUCAGUGUUCGUCUGGUCCCAAACAUGGGCCGUAUCUCCAUAUUUUUUUUGCAUUUUCAUCCAAGACACACUCAGCCCUUACCUGAAGUGUGCUCAACGUCUUAACCUUCUCCUUCUUCUGGUUACAGCUGAUUUUCUGCCACAUUGAGCAUUUCCUGUGCUUUAAGUGAUUUCAUCAAAGCAAUUUCCCUUUUUUAUACAUAACCUCAUGGAGAACACAACCCCCUCCUCUCAGUGAUUUGACUUUAAGUACAAUAGAAGCUAAGAUUGAAAAAGAAACAGAGAUAUUUAUCAGUCUAGAUGAGGGUUAUUUUUGUGUGCUAGGCCACACCUUAGUAACACUUGCUCCUUGUGCUGCCUAUCAUUAUUGACAAUAGUCCAUACUAAAUCAAUGCUUCUUCAUAAUAUGCAUUAAUGUAUGAAUGUAGUUCAGGCCCGCUAGGAAGCUAGUUGUGUCUCUGCGCUGAUGACAUUUAAAUAUAUUUGGGUACACACCAAAAGUUUUAUCCUGCUGUAUGAUAUGUGAUCUAUACACAACCAAAAUGCAUACAAUUAUGCUGGUGCUCAUGUACAUAGUGUAUUAUAGUGUGGACUCUUUAAGACAGCAGUGACUCACUGCCGCUCUGAAUGGAAGCACAAGCUUGGAGAGAGAAGACUCUUCCUGCCGCUCAGCGAAAAAACUGCUCAUUUUGAAGAUUCAAUAAGUGAAAGAGAAUCUGAAUUUUGCAGUUUCAGGGAGUCGGAACUCUAGGUUUCCAAAACUGUUGAAUGCAUGAUCAUGUAUUUUUUUUACAUGCCUCUGAGAGAUUGCAAAUUAUGACGUAGAUCAGACUUCCAAGCUCUGCUUUAACACAGGAUGUCCCUCGAUUCAACGUGUGUACAUAAAUUAUAAGUUGGCUUCUAUGUGCAUUCUAGCUGAUCCAAAUGCGCUUUAUCUUUAAAGGGUGUCAGAUAGUUUAAUAGAUCCAUAAGAUAAGCAAUAAAUAUAUAUUUCAGAUAUGUCAGAAGCAUGUUCUCCCUUUAGGAGAAAGAGUCUGCAGCUUUUAUGUGCAUCACUCUGUUUAUCCUCUCUGGGGAGUCUAAAACCAGGUUCAGAAGAUGUCCUCCUCUAUAAAGACGCUAUAUUUCACUUCGUAACAACGAGGAACUGCGCAUUAGCACAUCCGCCACAAGAGAUGAUCUGAGUUACACUGCCAGUAUUAAAGGAAUAUGUUGACAUUUUCUCUGCCUCUAAAAUUAGAAACAGUAAAAAAUUGAAUUACAUUCCUUUAUGAAUAAAAAGUCAGCCAGAGAAAUUCGUUUUUGAAACAAGAUGCUAACCUUAUUUUGACUGAACAGCAGGAGAGAAAAAAGCCAAAUGUCUGUUUAUUUUAAAAUGUCAACCCUUUGGUUAUACUUUCACUCUUUAAUCCGUGUACAUGCUGUAUAAAAUCAAAUACUCAAGGACAGACUUUUACAGGUCACACUGUGUUUACCGCCGUCACACAUUAAAGUUGGACGAGGUUAUUGGCGCUAUAUUCACAUAUGGAAGUCAACGUCGUUCAGUCCCAGGGAGGUAACCAGUAUUAGCUUAUAAUGUAAAUACUCAUAUUAUUGUAUAUCAAAAUGCAUAUUAAAACAUAUCUGACAAACAAUUACUGUGUGUUACAUUGGUCGCAUGUCUGUUUUAAGAUGCAGCUUUAAAAA